GGGACGUUCAAUGAGAGGCGCGAGCGGUUCGGAACCCACGUUUGCGCAGUUUCCCGUUGGUAGGUGGAGCUGCCGUCAGUGCCGAAUACACCCAUCGGGAACCAAGUCGUGUUUAGUGCAGUGAUCCCACAGGGUGAUUCCUCAACCGGCGGUUUAAUUCGACCUGGGAAAAAGCUCCGGAGAUGAACCGAAUCCCAGCGGUCCUCGGGAUCCUCCUCGUCGCCACUUCACCUAGCGUCACGGGUUUGCAAGAUGGGAUCAGCGGCGGCCCCGUUUCGCAUUUUGAACCUCAAGUGGCGAUCUUAUGCGACGCCGGAAUUCACGGCCAGGAGGCCUAUCACCCUCAAUAUAUGGCCGAACAGGGGAAAUGGACCACCGAUUUAACAUCGAAGGCCACCUGUCUCAAAGACAAAAUGGACAUUCUGGAUUAUUGUAAAAAGAUGUACCCAAAACGAGAUAUAACGAAUAUAGUAGAAAGCAGCCAUUAUUUAAAAAUAGGAUCGUGGUGUAGAGUUGGAUCGACAUCAGGAUCGCAAUCUAGAGGAAAAUGCAAAACGGCAAGAUGGGUGAAACCAUUCCGGUGCUUAGAGGGUCCGUUUCAAUCGGAUGCACUUUUGGUACCCGAAAACUGUCUUUUCGAUCACAUUCACAACCAGAGUAACUGCUGGACAUUCGGAAGAUGGAAUACGACAGCCGCAAACGCUUGCGUUGAAAGAGGUCUUCAACUUCGAUCGUUUGCCAUGCUUUUACCGUGUGGAAUAUCACUUUUUAGCGGUGUCGAAUUUGUUUGUUGUCCAAAACAUUUUAAAGACAACUUAAAACCAAAGAAACCGGUUGAUCUAACACUUCUAAAAUCAGAUGCUGAAAUAAUGGAUACAGAAGACGAUGAUGAUUCGUCAGAUGAAGAAGAUGAUAAAGACGACUUAGACGACCUAGCGGAUGAAACCGAACUCUCCGACGCUCCAAAUCCCGAAGACGAAGAAGAAGACGAUGAUGAUUACGAUGACGAAGACGAAGAUUGGGAUACAACGUCAACAAGUACCGCAGCAACGGUCAAACCAACACCAGCCCCAACAACAACAACCACAACAAUGAAAACGACGUCCGUUCCCACCCCCGAUCCAUAUUUCACCCAUUUCGACCCAAGGAACGAACAUCAAAGUUACAAGGAGGCUCAAGAAAGGCUGGAAGAAACCCAUAGAGAAAAAGUGACGAGGGUGAUGAAAGAUUGGUCCGAUUUAGAAGAGAGGUAUCAAGAUAUGAGGGCGACGGAUCCACGGGGGGCGGAUGCUUUUAAACAAAGAAUGACGUUGAGAUUUCAACAAACGGUUCAAGCUUUAGAGGAGGAAGGUGACGCGGAGAAACACCAAUUAGCGGCGAUGCAUCAGCAAAGAGUUUUGGCCCAUAUCAAUCAAAGAAAAAAGGAAGCGAUGGGUUGUUACACCCAAGCUUUAAACGACCAACCACCCAACGUCCAUAGGGUUCAAAAAUGUCUUCAAAAAUUAUUAAGGGCCCUCCAUAAAGAUCGCGCUCACACCAUCACGCAUUAUCGUCACCUUUUAGCGAGCAGCUUAGAAGCUGCAGCAAGAGAACAACCAAGAACUUUAGAAAGAUUAACGGACAUUGACAAAACGGUUAAUCAAAGCAUGCAGAUGUUAAAGCGAUACCCGGAAUUAUCCACGAAAAUAUCUCAAUUAAUGGACGAUUACAUUCAAGCUCUUCGUUCUAAAGACGACACACCUGGUUCUUUACUCGCUAUGACCACCGAAGCGGAAGCCGCGAUUUUAGAUAAAUACAAAACGGAAGUUGUUAGUAAACAAGCAGAAAGAGAGAGGCAGAGGCAACAAGAAAAAGAAAGAAAAGAAAUGAGGAAGAAAGAAAGAACGGAACUUAGGGAGGAAAAGAAACGAGUUGAGAACGCUUUGGGAAAGAAAAUUAGUAACUUUGAUAGUGAAGAUAUGGAAGAUGAAUCUAUUAUUCCAGCAGAAGAUAAGACAACAAUUUCUUCGACAUCAUCCGAAAACGUAGUUUCUGAAGUUGUCAGUAACGCGAUAACUACUCCAGAAGAAAAUCGAAGGGAAGUAGAUGAUGCUGCCGUUCAACAAGCGGUAGAAGAAGUCGCUGCUGUUCCGCAUCAACAAGAUGUGAUUAGAAUUGCGCAUUCGAUGACUCAUGAAAUAAGCCAUGGAGAACCUACAUAUUCAGUACAUAGAGAAGUUUAUGGUCGUAAAGAUAGCAAAAGUGUUUAUUUCACUUUAGCAUUUGCCGGAAUGGCAUUAAUGGCAGCAAUAGUUGUGGGAGUAGCCGUAGCGAAACGUAGAUCAUCUCGUUCGCCUCAAAGUCAAGGAUUUAUCGAGGUAGAUCAAGCGGCCACGCCAGAAGAGAGACACGUGGCUAACAUGCAAAUAAACGGCUACGAAAACCCAACUUACAAAUACUUUGAAGUUAAAGAAUAAAUUUGUAGGAGCUUAUUGUAUUAUAUAAAAAAGAGCAGGUGAGAGAUUCAGUUUUAAUUAUAAAGUCAUUUUAUUCCCUUUGCGCUUUAUUAUUUAAUGAAUUUGUUUUUUGUGAUCAUAAAAAGCUUAGUUGAUAUAAAACAACCAUUCCAUGAGUUAUUAUUAUUGUUAAUUAAUUAAUUAAUUACAUAAUUAUUGAGACCUUUUUGUUGUACUUAAUGUAUUUUUGUAUUAUUAUUAUUUAGUAUCUAGGUACUCUGCGCUGAUAAUAAUUAAUUAAAAUUGAUAUUGAUUGUAAUAAGUAUAAUUGGUAUAAAUAUAUGCAAAAUACUAAUAAGAGUAUAAAAUUAAAAGAAAAAAGGAAUUUCACGAGAUAGAAACGACGAGAAUUAAGAAAAUUCAAAAAGAUUGCAUAUAACAGUCCAUGUUUACAUAAUAUAUACAUAAUAAUAUAUAUUUGUAA